AUGGAAGAAGAUAAAAAAAUGACAAUUUUGACGUCUUCAACAUCAUUCAUAGCGGAAAUAAUGCUAAUUCUUAUGGGUUUAAGUGGUAUUUCAAUAGUUGGUGUUAUUCUAGGUUAUUUUCAUUCUUUAUCUCUUCUUAUUAUCAAUUUUGGUUUGUCAAUUGGUAUAUUAGCAAUUAUUAUAUGUAUUAUUGGCAUAUAUGUCCUAUUAUAUCAUGAUUAUCUUCAUUUAAGAUUAUUUUUAAAAUUUUUAGCACUUUUUAUUGGUCUUCAAUUAAUUUUUAUUAUUUAUUUAUAUGUUUUUAUAAAUGAUAAUAAUAUUAGUGAACAACAACAAGGUUCAUUUAUUGCAUUAGAUGUUUGUUGUGGAUUGAGUGCAAGUGCAUUAAUUGCUCUUUGUUUUCAUUUAAAACAAAAAGGAUCAACUAUUGAUAUGUUUAAAUUAUAA